AUGAAUUCGAAAGCUGAACAGGAAAGGAGUAAAUCCUUAGCGCAGAAACUGGCGAACGAAGCUCUUAAAAUGCCACAAUUACAACGCACUAUGAAAAAAUUGACAGAUUUAAGCGAACUUCGGCAUACUCAUCCCAACGCGAUGAAACCUUUACCGGUAGAUCGAAUGAAAACCAUGUCCAAACCAGUGGAUCGAAAAAUAGUAAAUUUAACUGCUAAUCACAACGGGAUAAAACAAAGAAAUAACAAAAACGAGCACAAAAAUUCUAUGAUUAUAAAUGAUGUUGAUCGGAAUUUUGUAACUAAAAAUGAUGCCCAACAUUUUUUAAAAAACGAUAUCGCAAAUUAUUCGCACUCAGCGGAACAACAUCGCUGGAAAGUCAACGAGGUAUCGUCGAAUGAGAACAUGAUCGAGCGAAUAAUGAGGACGACCGCGAAAGAUCCUGGGAAAAAACACUCUGGCGAUCGAGGAAUCGAAUAUUCCGAGUACUAUAACGACAAUAGCGCUGAACCAAUUAAAACGCAAUCAAAACGAGAUGAGACAGUGUCUGAAAACGAUAGAAUCAUCAGACAGAUCUCAAACAAUUCUGCUUUCAGCAAUGUUAACAAACACUUUGAUGAUCAAUCGCAAUUCAAGCAAUCAUUUACGGACGGUGAUAAUCUUUAUGAUAAAGAUCUGAUUUAUGGUGAUGAUUUAUUAAAAAUCGGUCCUUGGGAGACCGGUCACUCUGUGAUCGCUCAAUCAGACAAUACGAUCGAUUAUGCAUCUACGCGCUUGCCUGUACUGACCGAUCCAAGGAUCAAUUCAGACAAUUUGUAUUACGUUCCCGGUAUUACUCAGGAAGAUUCAAUCUUUAAUAAAAUAUCAAACGAUCGGCCUAAGGAAAACAUAUUCGUCAAUGGAAUGGAAUCCCUUACUGAGGAUUCUAUCGUUUCUGACUUCGAUGUGACACAGAUUUUCAUUACCAGCGAAAAGACCAUCUUCGAUCCGCAGAUUGAAGUUCAACAGAUUCCCAAUAAAGCACUACGAUACCAGAACGAAUUGAGCGUUAGACCAGAGAUGAGCAAGCCCGAAGAAGCCAGGAAGGAAGCGGAGAUAUUUUAUCCCGACGCGCAAAGCCAUUUAUCAGAGGCAGGACCUCCGAUAAAUGCACCACACAGUUUUCGUAAAGUUCCCGGUACUUUAAAUUUGUAUGUCGCUAAUGAAAAAAACGCCGAGCCCAUGACAAACGAGUAUGUUUAUCCCGCUAUUUUCACGGAACAACCUCUGCGUAAAAUUAACGAGGCUGCGGUUCCUUCUCAAUCUGUUGCAAAUCGACCUGUGGAACGUAUUUUGAUUCCUGAUCGAGAGAAAGAUAUUGAAGAAGGUCAUAAAAUGAAACAGAAAGUGACAGGAGAUUUGCCUGGACAAUAUAAAGAUCAUGAUAACGCAGAGGAAAAAUCUGUAAACGAUAAGAUGCAUAAUAAAAGUUCAUUCAUGACCGCAUUGAGAAAGGAAGAUGCGGAGAGUCGACACGCAAAUGUUUCCACAACUUUAAACGAAACCAAGGAAGUCGCCAAUCAGAUAUUAGAGAAAAUUAUUGAUGAGCUGGAAGAAAUUAAAUCAGAUCGAGCGACUGAGGACGAACAAAUAGAAGGUUUACCUUGCAAACUAUCUGGAUCGUGGGUAACUACCCAAGGCGGAUUACGGAUUGAUAUGAAAGUUACCAAUCACACCAUAAACGUGACACUCGCGAGGUUGUCGCCUCCGUCCGCUCAUCAAGGCUUGCUCGACCCUACGUGGAAUCUGACUGGAUAUGCGCCGUUCGCAGCGGGAGGCCCAUUUUCCUUGGUCGCUGUCGACAAUCGCACUAAAUCCCUGGCAGUAUUUGCAGGUGCGUGCAGGGUAUGCCAAGGUAUCGAUACAAUUGCGGGUGUUUGGUCGAUCGCUCACAGCCCGCAAAAUUGCAGAGACUUUCAGAUAGCUACGAGCAUUUAUAACGACAUAUUUCGUCGGACUAAAUUGUCAUCGGAAAUGAAAAGGAAACACCGAGAGAUCACGCGAUUAUUUCAGAAAAGCAGUAAGGACAACGCAACGGUUGCGAGUUUAACGAAUAGUACAAUACAGCAAAAUAGUACAUUACUGCAAAAUAAAGAAGGGAAAGGAACGACUUAGGUAACAGAAACUUGAGGAAUUACUGAUAAUCAAUAGGUCGACUAAAUAUUUUAGCAAAUAGAAGGAGUAGAAAUAUAAUUUUUUAUACUAUAUUAGUAGUAUAUUUAUGGAAACUUUAAAAAGUCAAACUU